GCGGGCGCGGGAUUGCGGCGAGGGCCGUUCGCUGCGCUGAGGAACGGCCAUGCCCCCCAAGGCGGCCGACAAGCGCCGGCAGGGCCAAGGUGGACCUUCAGGAGGAAAGGCAGGAAAAGCUGGUAAAAGUAAAAAAAAGGAUGAAGAUGACUUUCCUGAAGCGAGAGAGGACGGGUCGACAGCAAGGGCUGCAGUCAGAUCCCCGGAUCAGCUGGAGCUGACUGAAGCUGAAUUAAAACAGGAAAUUAUACGUACCUUGACAGCUGAUAAUCCCCAUGUUCCCCAGGAUAUUAUCAGAUUCAACUUUAAAGAACGAGCAUACAUGCUAGUGGACGAUAUGGAUCAUACAGCCGUUCACUUCACAUUGAAUGGAUAUUUGAUACACAAAGAUUCAGAUGAAGGCAGACGCCAGAGUAUCAGAUCAUCCACUGAAGCAGAAGAGACGCCUGCUGAGGAUGAAGAGGCUCCUGUGGAGGCUGCUGCUGAGCCAACUGAAGAGGGAGAGACUAAAGAUGAAGAACCCACAGAAGAAGCUGAGGCUGAAGAAGAAGGAGAGGGAGAGGGAGAAGGAGAAGGAGAGGGAGAAGGAGAAGGAGGGGGAGAAGGGGAACAUGAAGCUGAAACAGCUGAGGCAGCAGAGGAAGAGCCUCAUCCCGAAAAAGUGCCAGAAAGGAAGCUUAAAAACCAGUUCAACUUCAUUGAGAGAGGUUCAACUACAUUCCACUAUCCUCUGCGGGAAAAAGGACUGCAAACUGACCCUUUACCUUUUGGAACUUUCUCAGAAAAUGUUAACCAGUGGAAUGAAUUCCUUUACUGUGGCUUUGGUCUCCUAUUUGACUCUGACAGCAAACUAUGGUUUAUCUAUGAUUCCUAUAUGGAGGAACUUGACAGAAUGGAAAAGGCAAAAGAGAAAGAAAAAGCAAAACCUGUUGCAGUAAAGAAGGAGGAUCAGAAAACUGGAAGAAAGUUAUCCGUUGUGGAGAUACCGCACGUCGAUUCUCUAAGCAUGGUUGCAAGGGCUGCUAAAAUAGCGGAACGGAUGGUGAACCUGAACACAUAUGAUGACAUUGCACAAGAUUUUAAAUAUUUUGAGGAUGCAUCAGAUGAAUACAGAGGCCAGAAUGGAACCCUCCUCCCACUCUGGAAGUUCCAGUAUGAGAAAACCAAGAAACUUGCAGUUACUGCCCUCUCCUGGAAUCCAAAGUACAAGGACCUAUUUGCAGUGGGGUAUGGUUCUUAUGACUUCAUGAAGCAGGGCCACGGCAUGCUGCUGCUGUACACGCUGAAGAACCCCUCCUUCCCCGAGUACUCCUUCAGCACGGAGAGCGGUGUCAUGUGCCUGGACUUCCAAGGGGACCACCCCCACCUCCUUGUAGUGGGUCUCUACGACGGCAACGUGGCUGUCUACAACCUCAAGAGGGCCAGCCCCGAGCCCAGCUACAAGAGCAGUGCUAAGUCAGGAAAGCACACAGAGCCAGUGUGGCAGGUUAAGUGGCAGAAGGAUGACAUGGACGGCAACCGCAACUUCUUCUCUGUCUCCUCGGAUGGGCGGAUUGUUUCAUGGACUUUAAUAAAGAGUGAGCUGGUUCACAUGGAUGUCAUCAAGCUGUCAGCAGAUGAAACAACGAUGCAGGGGCCAGAGGGGCUGCAGCUGCAAACGCUUGGCAGUGGGAUAUCCUUUGAUUUUCACAAAAAGAUAGACUAUUUGUUUCUCGUUGGUACUGAAGAGGGCAAGAUCUAUAAGUGUUCAAAAAAUUAUUCAAACCAGUUUCUGGAUGUGUUUGAAGCCCAUCACAUGGCUGUGGACACAGUCAGCUGGAAUCCCUUCCAUGUGAAAGUCUUCAUUUCCUGCAGCUCUGACUGGACAGUCAAGAUCUGGGAUCACACCAUCAAGACUCCACUGUUUGUCUAUGACCUGGCUACUGCUGUAGGGGAUGUUGCGUGGUCUCCUUACUCCUCCACGGUGUUUGCUGCAGUCACCAUUGAUGGCCAGGCCCAUGUGUUUGAUCUGAACAUUAAUAAGCUUGAGCCUCUCUGCUCCCAGCUAGUGGUGACCCAGAAGAAAAAUAAAACAACACACGUGCAGUUUAAUCCUGCUGACCCUGUAAUCAUUGUUGGAGAUGAACGAGGCCUCAUCACCUGCUUGAAGCUCUCUCCCAACCUGCGCAAGAAGCCCAAGGAGAAGAAAGGCCAGGAGGUGAAGAAAGGUCCCGAGGAGGAAAUAGCAAAAAUGGAGAAGCUGCUUAGCCUGGUGAGACAGCCAGGGAAGAAAGAAGAGCAGUGAGAGGGGGGAAUGAUGACUCUGUGGGCAGCCUCUGACCAAACAAGCUGGGCUUUGAUCGGUGGCUGCUUGGCAUGCAAGCCACGGGCCCCUGCUGCCCACUUUUUGCACAGCAGGAACACUUUUCCUCUAUGCCCAGACAAAUAA